UCAGAAGAGCUGAGAGUCCUACUUGCGCGUGAGUCACCGUGCUCAGAAGAGAGCUGAGAGUCCUGCCUGCACGUGAGUCACCGUGCUCAAAAGAGAGCUGAGAGCCCUGCCUGCACGUGAGUCACCGUGCCCAAAAGAGAGCUGAGAGCCCUGCCUGCACGUGAAUCACCGUGCUCAGAAGAGCUGAGAGUUUAUCUACCAGACUUGGGGAGGACCACACAUGUCGCUCAGUGUUGCUACGGUGCUGACACUGUCACAGCUGGUGCUUGUAGCGAAUAGUGUAUCUCUGGGGCUGCUGACUGGUGAUGGUGGGAAGGACGUCGACGCUCCCUACCUCAGCUCUCGCCUCACACACCCACUCAAGAAUUACCUCCAAUUAACACACCUUUAUAGAGAGGAGACUACGACCCAGCCAAGGACGGUGCGUCCUCACCUGCUGACACGUCCGUUACUGCCCCCGGACCCACGCCCACGUCAACGAUCACACCCGUAUUCUCUGCUUUACCUGCAUUUCGUUCCUAUCUAGCACAUGGUUUAUUGCACAAAAGUCAGCAG